UAUUUAGCGCAUCAUAAGAGAAAAAAAAUCGGAUUUUGUUUUUCAAAAUCAAAUUUUCACUGUAUUAUUCCUACAUUUAUAAAUGUUGAGGUUCCAUACUAAAUAUUUUGUUAGCAAUCAAAAUAUUUUAUUUACUUACUAAAUAUUUAUUUUAGAGCUAAAUAUAUAGCAUCCAAACGUUUGCUCCUAAUUAAGCAUUUAAUUUCCAAAAUAAAUAUUUAGAUCCCAGCUAAAUAUUUAUUUUGCAGCCAUUGGUGUAGGGGGAAGAGGAGAGAUGAGCGAACACAACCCUGAGGGGAACUGGUGCUGAUGGUCUGCAGAGCCACGUUGAUGGCAUCAUAUAAAGAUCUGUUGGCUUUGUAGGCAAACUGCAGGGGGUCCAGGAGGGGGCUAUGAGGGUCUUGAGGUGGGGGAGAACCAGGAGAUCAAAUAACUUCAUUUGAGAUAUUAUGGAAAAUAAAUUGUAUCUUAAAAAUAAAUUUAAAUAAAAUAUAAAAAAUAUUAAAAAGUAAAAAUUGUGUUAGUAAAUAAAUAUUUAUUUUACAAACUAAAUAUUUUUGCCCAACCUAAAUAUUUAGUUUCUUAAAUAAAUAUUUACCUCUAAAUUAAAUAUUUAUUUAGCAAACUAAAUAUUUAGGCUUGACCUAAACAUUUAGUUUAUAAAAUAUUUUCCACUCUAAAUGAAAUAUUUAGCUUGCUAAAAAAAUUGGUAGAAUAUAAUUAAUACAUUUAUGAGUAACAUGGUAAAAUAUGAUUUUAAAAGAAAAAACUCCCAUUUUUUUCUCUUUUGAAUAGCUAAAGAACCCAAAAUACUGCUGUUAAUAUGUGACUCACUUUAUAAACAGUAUCCCAUGAUCUUAAGUGUACAUAAAAUAAAAAUGUGUUUGCAUACAACAGGAACAAAGUCAAGUAAACUAUAUAAUUAAAAAUAGAAUUAGGAAAUUUCCAAAUCAGUGGCUUUCAUUCCAAACAUAGUAACAAAUUUGCUUUUAUUUUGAAAGCAAUUGUUCUUUAUCCGGUAAUUCAGCCAUUCAGCUUGUUUGAGUGAGCUGAACAGCCCAUUGGCCGAAAUAGUCGUCCAUGCAAUCAGCUGGAAAUCACCCUGCCUCCUUCAGGGCUUUUAGGGAAAUGUAGUCCUGAAGCUUCUCACAUUUGUGAAAAGGUGCCGCCCAGAGCUGUGAAAAAAACUCACAAUCCCACAAGGCCACGUUGACUGCUUAUGUGGAGUACGGAAAUCUUUGCACCAGGCUUGUUUGUUGUCAGAGGAAACAGAACUCUGCUGCAGUAGCCAAAUGGAUAUUUGCUGCCAUCUAUUAGUCCAACUUCGUAUUUUCAGGUAGUUUUAACAGAGAAAUCAAAGUAUUUACACUCAUAUUGUUGUACAUAUUACUAGUUUUUAAACCAACUUCUGCAAUGUCACAAGAUUUGUUAGUGUUGCAAUAAUGUUUCACCAAGAUCCUGCAUUGAUGAUGGUAGAGGUCUGACCGUUGCACAAAGACUUCUCCAGCACAUCCCAAAGAUUCUCUAUGUACUCUGUGGUGGCCAAUCCAUAUGUGAAGAUGAUGUCUCAUGCUCCCAGAAAUACUCUUUCAGUAUUUGAGUCAGAUGAAUCCUGUCAUUGUCAUCUUGGAAUAUCAGGGAAGAUGGAAUAACCUGGUUAUUAAAGAUUUUCAGGUAGUCAGCUGACCUCAUUCUUGGAGCACAUUCUGUUGCUGAACCUAGACCUGACCAACUGCAGCAAGCCCAGAUCAUAGCACUGCCCCUACAGGCUUGCACAGUAGGCACUAGGCAUGAUGGGGUGCAUCACUUCUGCCUCUCUUCUUACUCGACGCACCAUCCCUCUGGAACAGGAUCCAUCUGGACUCAUCAGACCAGUUAUUAAUAAUGUGUUCACAACCUUUUCUGCAAUCUCCUUAGAUGUUUUCUCUGCUUGAUUCAUGCCAAUGAUCUGACCCUUCUCACACAGACUAACAUCUUUUCUACGACCACCAGAUUUGUCUUUCCACGUGGUUGUUUAAGAAAUCCAACACUUCUACCUCACAUUUAGAAAACACUAACAUUUCAGGAAAAACUUUUUCUUUCCUCUGCUGCCUGUGGAUAAACGGAAGUGACGCCACCAACACAAACUCUGGUGAUGAUUAGAGGCGUUAGUCGAAACAUGUCAGGUAUUCGAUCCAUCAUGGCCUCCAGCACAGAACCCAGCUUGUCCAUGUGCUGCCCCGCCUCAACACACAGAGAUAAUCUGACACCAAUGAGGCCACAGGAUUGACUCGUCACAAAGCCACAGAGGGUCAGAGCCAACGUCAGAGCUCUGGAGAUCGGGAUCAGAAAUGCCGGCAACUGCAGUAAAUGAUUAAGCUCUGAGGUGAAAGACACAAGCAUCUCAUCUCAGACUUUAAAAUGAACAUGAAACAUUUUCUUUUGGCUCUGCUAUGAACGUCAGCCUGAGUGAAACUUCACAUGACGUUCCGUGUGAGGAUGGGAGGGGGAGCUUUGAUGGAUUACAUCAAAGCCCCCAGAGCCAAAUACACAAUAGUGGAAGAAGCCAUACACUUCGUCAUCCCCACACACGUGCAGUGCUCAAUGGGCUGUGGGGGCGAAGCCUGCAAGUACGACAGUCCGAGUUACUGGGGUGAAGACCAACAGGCCAUAAAAGGUCUCUACUCAUCCUGGGUAACCGACCAGCUUCUCGCCAUGUCCAGACCUUCAACAGAAAUUAUUGACAAAUAUAACAUUAUUGAUCAAUUCAGAAGGAACGGUAUCAAAACCGUGAUCAACCUGCAGUUGCCAGGAGAACAUGCAAACUGUGGGAAGCCUCUGGAGCCAGACAGCGGGUUUUCAUACCGUCCAGAAGUCUUCAUGGAAAAUGACAUUUAUUUUUACAAUUUUGGCUGGAGUGACUACGGAGUGGCUAAUCUCACCAGGGUGUUGGACAUGGUGAAGGUGACAGCCUUCGCCCUGCAGGAGGGAAAGGUAGCUGUCCACUGUCACGCCGGCCUCGGCCGAACAGGUGUACUGUUAGCGUGUUUCUUGGCUUACGCCACCAGAAUGACUGCUAACCAGGCCAUUCUAUAUGUCCGUGCCAAACGGCCCAACUCUAUCCAAACCCGAGGCCAGCUGCGCUGCGUCAGACAGUUUGUUCAGUUCCUUACGCCUCUGAGAAGUGUUUUCUCCUGUGCUCGGCCUCGCUCCAACCCAGUCACCCUAUCCCAAUACCUUAACCGUCAGCGGCACAUCCUGCAUGGCAAUGAGAGAAAGGAGCUGAAGCACCUCCCUAAGAUCAUCCACCUAGUGUGCAGGUUGUUGGUGGACAUUGCUGAGAAUCGGGAGGUGAUCGAGGAAGAUAUCCUUGAAGCUCCGGAUCUUCAAGACAUAGAAUGGACUCUCAGCGUCAUUGAGAAAAUGGGACCAGAGAUAUUUGCCAAGGAACCUCGAUUACCAGGUUCUCCCACCUUACCUCGACAUUUCAAUGAGCCACCCAUCUUCUACCACCGCAAAAGUCUGAGCUACAGCGAGUCUGACCUGAGACGGCUGGGCUCGCAGCUAAACCUUCUCACACAACCUCUGACCUCUAUAUCUAUCUCUGAGGCCCUUCUCCCAGCUUCCCAGGGUUGGGACAGUAGCAGAUACUACGUCUCUCACAGCUCAACGGGCUCGCUCUGGCAAGUGAAGAAUGAAGAGAGCCAAAAAGAUGGAACAAUCGUUGUGAAGAAAGUAAAGAAAAUAACUAUCCAGCGCACUGAGUCGAUGGGAAACAGUAAAUCUGUCGAGAAGAGCAGCAUGUUGGCCAGGUGGAAGGCAGCACAGAGGGAGGAGCUGACGAUGAAUGGGAUGAAGUCUCAGAGUAAAGAGGAGGAGCAGUCCGAGGUUCCCUGCAUCACCCUGCAGUCGGAGCUGUCUCUGGAGGCCAGGAGGCUGCUGGUGGCACAAGCACUGGCAGUGGACCUGUUCACUGAUGGGGAGGAAGAACAUAAGAAAAAAGUGUUGGCCUGGCAGGCAGAGCUGAAUCUAGGAAGUGCGUGGGAAAGGCUGUGUAUGGAGCGGGAUCCCUUCAUCCUCACUGGAAUCAUGUGGUCGUGGCUGGAGCAACUUAAAGAGCCCGUCCUCUCCAUCCACGAUGCCAAAGCCCUGAACUCUGAUGGUACCGAUGCUAAAACGGUCCUUGACUCACUUAGCCAGCCUCCUAAACAGACACUAACCUGUAUACUCGACUGCAUGGCUCACAUGCAAACCAUAUCAGAGGAGAUUGAAAACGCAUUCCUGAAUCGAAUCAGCAAGGCUCUCACUUGGAUUGACAAAAAUUCAGAGGAUGGGAGGAAGGUGUACGAGUCCCUUUCCGCUGCUCUGAGGUGUGUGCUCGUGGACAUGAGAUCUGAGGCCGAGGAGGAGGAAAAACGGCCUGAAUCUCCAUUUCCUAUACAGGAAAAAUACGCUUCUGUGCCUUGAAUCGGUGUCAGUUUGUUUUGAUAAAAGCCAUGUUUGCUAG